UAUAACCAAAACCCCUUCUAAAACCCCCUUACAUGCCAACUAAAAUCUUAUCUCCUCCAAAUUUUCAACCAUGUCCAUGGCUUCUACCAAGAUUUUAGUCCCUUCCCAUUUUUCAUUCUUGAAUUCAAAUCCCAAAUUCACAUUCCCAAAAAUUCAAUCUUUUUCACUAUACUCAAACCCCUUUUGCAUUACAUGUUCAAAGAAGGUAAAAAGAAGAGGAAAAUUGAGGUAUCCAUCUGAGAAAAAGAAGUUAAAACAGCAACAAGAAGCUCAAGUUGAUGUUGAAAACAAGUUUGAAGGGAUUUGGAGGCUCUCAAAGCUCAGUGUUUCAGUUCAUAAAGACCCUGGAAAAGAUUUCUUAGGUGUUUCAGAUGCUUUGCUCCAAGAAAUUGCUAAAGUUCUUGAAUUUCCGGUUGCUUCAAUGUUGCCACAGGAGGCAUUUAAAGUUGUUAGAAAAUCUUUUGAUGCUCGCAAGUUGCAAAAGGAACAGAAGUUUGUAUAUACAGUUGAUGUGGAUGUCCAUAAACUACUAAAUUUAGAGCCUCGUACUUUGGAAUUCAUCUCUGAAUUGGAACCCAAGGUUGGCUUAAUUGAGCAUUUGGCUCAUGACAGAACUUCUGGUGACAUAAUGAGCAUAGUACAUGCUUGCAGAAAGUCGGGUCAGGAUGCAACUACUUCAGAACAUGGAGAUACAAAUCUCUGCAAUGGAUCACAUACAAAUGCAAAUCAUAGAAAACCAAAAGUUGCAGUUGUUGGUAGUGGGCCUGCAGGGUUGUUUGCUUCUCUUGUGCUUGCUGAAUUUGGAGCAGAUGUUACACUGAUGGAAAGGGGAGAAGCCGUUGAGAAAAGGGGCCGUGACAUUGGUGCUCUGGUUGUUCGACGGAUAUUGCAAGAGGAGAGCAACUUUUGCUUUGGGGAGGGUGGUGCAGGUACUUGGAGCGACGGGAAGCUAGUUACUAGAAUUGGAAGAAACAGCAGUAGUGUUUUAGCAGUUUUGGAAACAUUGGUCCACUUUGGAGCUCCACAGAAAAUUUUGGUUGAUGGAAAACCUCAUCUAGGAACUGAUAAACUGGUUCCACUUCUUCAAAAUUUCCGGCGAUACCUUGAAAAGUUGGGUGUCUCCAUCAUGUUUGGAACAAGGGUGGAUGAUUUACUCGUCAAGGAUAAACAUGUGGUGGGAGUCAGAGUUUCUGAUCCAAGAGAUAACAGAUUGCACUCCAUGAGCCAGCAGUUGGGGUACGAUGCUGUGGUUCUCGCAGUUGGGCAUUCUGCACGCGAUACAUAUCAGAUGCUUCUUUCUCAUGGGGUCAGCCUUGUUGAAAAGGAUUUUGCUGUUGGCUUGCGGGUUGAGCAUCCUCAAGAAUUAAUAAACAGCAUACAGUAUUCUGGAUUGGCCAAUGAAGUUCAAAGUGGACGCGGGAAAGUUCCUGUUGCUGAUUACAAGGUUGUUGAAUAUGUUAAUACAAAUGAUAUUGCUUUGCCUGCAAAUUCUGCACCAAGAAAUCACAGUUGUUACUCCUUUUGCAUGUGUCCUGGUGGCCAGGUAGUUUUAACCAGUACAGAUCUAUCAGAGCUCUGUAUCAAUGGCAUGUCAUUUUCCCGCCGGUCAUCUAAAUGGGCGAAUGCUGCACUUGUUGUUACAGUCUCAUCAAAGGAUUUUGCUGCUUUGGACUUGCACGGACCUCUCGCUGGUGUUGAAUUUCAGAGGAUGUUUGAGCGAAGGGCAGCUGCAAUGGGCGGAGGCAAUUUCGUGGUACCUGUUCAAACGGUGACCGAUUUUCUCGACAACAAAUUGUCAGGGCCAUCAGUGCCAUCAUCCAGUUAUAGAUUAGGAGUAAAGGCAACAAAUCUGCAUGAACUAUUCCCUAGUCACAUAACCAGCUCUUUACAACAAUCACUUUUGAAGUUUGACAAAGAGUUGCCGGGAUUUAUUUCCAGUAAUGCUCUUCUUCAUGGAGUAGAGACAAGAACUAGUUCCCCUGUCCAGAUCUCGCGAAGUGCUGACACUUACGAAAGCACGUCCUUAAGAGGGCUUUACCCUAUCGGAGAAGGAGCGGGUUAUGCUGGUGGGAUAGUAAGUGCAGCUGUUGAUGGCAUGUAUAGCGGCUUUGCUUUAGCGAAAAGCUUAGGUCUUUUUCAUGGCAGCAUCGAGUCGAUUUUAGGGAAGGCUCAGAGUGCUGGCGUUGCAAAAUAUUGACACCAUUAUAUCUAGUUUUGUUUUCACUAUGUUGUGUAAAUCAUUGACUACUCAUUGUUGAUCUAGCAACUCUUCAUAUAUAGUUCCGAGGCGAAUCCAGAAUUUAGAGUAGUUAGUAGGUUCUAAAUGAAUGUGAUCUAUUAUUUGUAAACGUUUUCGAGUUUUCAGCCUUCAGUUCUUAUUCUGGACAGUUGUUACACAACAAUGUUUGUUGAUUUGCAUUGUAAAACCUACUACCGUGAUGUAGACACUAUAUGUGUCUUUAUCAAAAAACUA